AUGGUGGCAGUGCUAUGGCCAAUAGUUGGAGCCGGUCUUGUGGCACUUGUCGCCGUGGGGGUGCAACAGCGAAGAAAGCUGCGGCAAAUUAAAGCGCCUGGUGAAUCUCCCACGCUGCCUCGUCCAUUGGCCAAGAAUGCGACAUUGUUGUCAUCCUCGCCAUCCGGGGCUCCCUUGUAUACCUACGUAAUUGGCGAUUUGCACGGAGACGCUGACUGUGCUCGAUACUGGGUCGACAAACUAGAACUUAUUGGUGCAGCAAAAACUACUGUUGAUGAUCCAAGUUUCGACCGUAGCAACGUUUGGUUGCAACCCAACUCGACCCUGGUCUUUAUGGGGGAUUAUGUUGAUCGAGGCCCACAGAGUCUCGGAACGCUGCAGUACGUAUACAGUCUGACUGAGGCUUUUCCGUCAUACGUAACGGCACUCAUGGGCAAUCACGAAAUGGAAUUGCUGAAAGAUAGGGAUCCCGACACCUCGAUCAAAUACCUCCAAAUGCCGUACGCUACCGUGCACCCACAAGAAUACUUGCAAUACUUUGGUGUACAGCAACCACCUCAAAUACCACAUCAAAGACUGCUGGAUGAACGAGACGAGCUCGUAGUGGAUUUGCUGUUGAAUGCGAGUCUAGAAAUUUACGCGAAUGGCUGGCACUCCCAUAUUCUCACAACUCCGAGUAUUGCCGACGCUCAGAACAUUGGCCGCCACGCCAUCGUGGAACUCUUCAGUAAAGGUUCCGGCGGGUCUGAAAUUGACGACGAAAACGUGCAGCUACUCGUGGCUUCCCGUUUGGAAGAAUAUCAAAGGGCCUAUCUGAAUGCGUAUGCCGAUACGACCGUACUAGGAGCCUGGCUGGAAUCGUUACCGGUCGUACACAUUGAGCACGGCGUUUUAUUCUGCCACGGUGGUCUUAGUGGAACGACCACUUCUCUACUUCAGGAGGUAGGACUCGAGCACUUGAAUGCAUGGACUCGCAAUCACACCGGAGCUAACGUCUUUCGGGAUUUUUUGGAAAACACGCCGCAAGGGCAGGCUGUCUAUGAUAUUUUGACCUACCGUGGCAACCACCAGACUGGUGCCUGCGACGCGCUGGAGUCGCGGCUUCACGCUUUGAAUGUGAGCAAACUAGUCGUCGGCCAUACCCCAGCCCAGAACGUACGGGUCAAGUGCGACGGUACCUUUUUCGCGGUAGACUCGUUACUGGGACGGUGGAUUCGGACAUCGGGCAACUUUUAUUGCCCAGUCACGGCCCGGUCGUCCCAGAACGGAAAGUUUGCUUGUGACGAUCUGAUUGAUUCUUGUGAAGGCCAGAUCGUACGGAUAAAUCAUGACGACGGGACUGUAGACAUACUAAGUUGA